GGAAGGAGGAGAAAGGACGACAAGAGCCCAAGGCUUCCCAAGAGAAGGAAGAAGCCCCCGAUACAGUAUGUGCGCUGCGAGAUGGAAGGCUGCGGCACCGUCCUGGCUCACCCGCGGUACCUGCAGCAUCACAUAAAGUACCAGCACUUGCUGAAGAAAAAAUACGUGUGUCCUCAUCCCUCCUGUGGUCGUCUCUUUCGACUCCAGAAGCAGCUCCUGCGGCAUGCCAAACACCACACAGAUCAAAGGGAUUACAUCUGUGAGUACUGUGCCCGGGCAUUUAAGAGUUCUCAUAACUUGGCGGUGCACCGAAUGAUCCAUACGGGCGAGAAGCCUUUGCAGUGUGAGAUCUGUGGAUUUACGUGCCGGCAGAAGGCUUCCCUCAACUGGCACAUGAAGAAGCACGAUGCGGAUUCCUUCUACCAGUUCUCCUGCAACAUUUGCGGCAAGAAAUUUGAGAAGAAGGACAGCGUCGUGGCUCACAAAGCCAAGAGCCACCCCGAAGUGCUUAUUGCUGAAGCACUGGCUGCCAAUGCAGGCGCCCUCAUCACCAGCACUGACAUCCUGGGCACUAAUCCUGAGGCCAUUGCACCGCCCACCGAUGGCCAGGGCCUGCCCCUCCUUCCCGACCCGCUGGGAAGCGCUGCCCCUGCGGAUUGCCUGCUGCUCAAUCCCGACGGGAUGCCCAAGACGUUCUGUGGCGCGGCCGAGCGCGUGAGCCUGGUGGCUGAUGGGAAGCUCUUUGUGGGCAGCGGCAGCAGCGCAAACCCCGAGGGGCUGGUCAUGAACACCGAGAUCCUGGGAGCCACCGCUGAGGUGCUCAUCGAAGAUUCAGACUCCACUGGACCCUAGUGGGUGGGAGCACGCGGGUGCUGGGACAGUUUGGACUCUGUAUUUAAAAGGAGGAGAAAAGAGAACGAAAGAAAGAAAAAACCAGGAAAGUUAAACAAAACUCACAAUUGUAGUAAAGAACUGAAGGGUCUGCUCCCCUCCAGCGUGGAUCACAGCACAUCCUCUUUCUCGCAACCACUUCUCGCUCUCCCACUGCUCCUUUGCAGA